CUUUCAUUUUGUAUCUCACAAAAACUAUCACUUAAUAGAAAAUGACCAAAAGCCCAGUAUAAGUGACACAUUAAAAAGCUAUUUUCUCAUUCUCUCCAUCUCUCUCCUAAGUUUCACAAAGUUUAGAGAAAAAUAUGGCAGUGUCCACAGUAUACACAGUCCAAUCUCUGAACUCAACAUGUUCAAUCUCAACACCAACAAAAACCAACUUAGGAAUUCAACAAAGACAUGUGUUAUUUUUCAAUGCAGGUAACAGGACUAACAGAGGCAGAGUGAGAGGUGGUGUGAUAAGAUGUGCAGGCGAUACUAUAGUAAUCGGACUAGCCGCAGACUCGGGGUGUGGGAAGAGUACCUUCAUGAGAAGGUUAACUAGUGUGUUUGGAGGUGCAGCAGAACCACCAAAGGGAGGCAAUCCUGAUUCAAACACACUUAUUAGUGACACUACAACGGUUAUAUGUUUGGAUGAUUACCAUUCAUUGGAUAGAACAGGACGGAAAGUUGAAGGGGUGACAGCACUUGACCCAAGAGCCAAUAACUUUGAUCUUAUGUAUGAACAAGUUAAGGCUCUUAAAGACGGUAAAGCUGUUGACAAGCCUAUUUAUAACCAUGUAAGUGGUCUUUUGGACCCUCCUGAGCUCAUCAAGCCGCCUAAGAUCCUCGUCAUUGAAGGUUUGCACCCAAUGUAUGAUGAGAGAGUAAGAGACCUCUUGGACUUCAGCAUCUACUUGGACAUCAGCGACGAUGUUAAAUUUGCCUGGAAAAUUCAGAGAGACAUGGCAGAGAGAGGACACAGCCUUGAAAGUAUCAAAGCUAGUAUUGAGGCCAGAAAGCCAGACUUUGAUGCUUAUAUUGACCCACAAAAGCAAUACGCAGAUGCAGUUAUAGAAGUGUUGCCCACGCAGCUGAUUCCAGAUGACAACGAGGGAAAGGUUCUAAGAGUGAAGCUGAUAAUGAAAGAGGGUGUGAAAUACUUCAGCCCGGUUUACUUGUUUGAUGAAGGAUCCACCAUCUCAUGGAUUCCAUGUGGGAGGAAGCUCACCUGUUCUUACCCUGGUAUCAAAUUCGCAUAUGGUCCUGAUACUUACUUCGACAAUGAGGUAUCUGUUUUGGAGAUGGAUGGGCAAUUCGAUAGACUAGAUGAGCUCAUCUAUGUCGAGAGUCAUUUGAGCAACAUUUCCACCAAAUUCUACGGUGAAAUCACCCAACAAAUGUUGAAGCAUGCCGACUUCCCUGGUAGCAACAACGGCACUGGUCUCUUCCAAACCAUUGUUGGUUUGAAAAUCCGUGACCUCUUUGAACAAAUCACAGCCAGCAGGGCCUCAGCUCCACUGGAAGCUACAAAAGCUUAAAGUAAAGAAACCAGAAGUGGUUUAACAUGGAACACAAAAGUCCCUUGAUUUUUAUUUCCUCUAUAACCUCUUUUUUUUUCAUGUAAAAUUCUGAGUGUUAGGCUUCUGUCACGAGUCUCAUGAGUCAUGAGAGUUACACUCCCAUAUGUAUCUAGUUAUAUUUGUCUAUUCCAUGGAGAUCUGUAAUAUAGGGAAUCGAAAUCUUAAAUGAAAGAUUAAAGAACACCUCUACUUUCCUCA